ACAAGGACUAAAAUAAUGUUUUUCCCCUCGUAAAAUACAUGUAUAAGAUAAUUUUCACUUUGUUAAGGGGACAAAAUAUCCGAGAUAAGCCCAUUUUAGGGCACUCUCCCAACUUAGCCUGUAUAUUGGAGCCUGAAAUUCAAAUUAGUCGGAUCGAAAGGAUAUUGGACUCGGAUCCGCCCUGCUUGUAACGGCCUGCUCAGCCAUCCCACCACCAUCCUGCGGAAGAUAUGGGUCUGCUGAGUCACAGAGUAGAAAAGAGUGAACUAGCAAUAGGUGACCAUAUCUAUACUUGGAGAACCGUCUUCGCCUACUCUCAUCACGGAAUCUAUGUUGGUGGGAGCAAAAUUGUUCAUUUUACGCGUGAGCAAAAUAUUUUUUCAGGAGAUCCAAUCCUCUUCUCUGCUGCCUUCGAUUGCUCGUCGCCUUCAAGUAUAAAUGGGUCUUCAGCCUGUACAAAUAUUCCUGACUGUGGAUUUAAACGGAAGGAAAGUGGGGUGGUUCUCUCUUGCUUGGAUUGUUUCCUGGGUGAUGGGCUAUUGUACCGCUUUGACUAUGGAGCCAGCCCUUCAGUUUUUCUUACAAAACUUCGAGGUGGGACCUGUACCACUGCACAUUCUGAUCCUCCAGAGGCAGUGAUCCAUAGAGCCAUGUACUUGCUUCAAAAUGGUUUUGGAAAUUAUGACGUCUUCAAGAAUAACUGUGAAGAUUUUGCCUUAUACUGUAAAACAGGUCUUCUUGUUAUUGACCAAGGAGCUCUUGGAAGUAGCGGUCAAGCUGCCUCCGUUAUAGGUGCUCCUUUGGCAGCUAUUGCUUCUUCGCCUCUUAAGUUAUUCAUGUCAAGUCCGGCUGGCUUAGUCGUAGCAACUGCUGGUAUGUAUUGUUUGACCAGAUAUGCAACUGACAUUGGUGUGAGGACUGAUGUUACUAAGGUGAAAGUGGAGGAACUGACUUCGUUCCAUGAUUGCAAAAGCUCAAAGAAAUGCAUAAAUGAGAACCAUUGGGAUACAAGAGAGGUUACUCUCAAUCAAACAGAUACACCGGCUAAAAAGCGGCAAAGAUGUGAUUAAAAUAAAAUUAGCCGCUAGCCGGGCUUCUUAUAUUCCAUCUCUGACAUGACCUGGAGCCCGAAAAAGAAUCUUCCGAUGAGGAUUUUUAGGGCGUGUUUUACGUUUUCUUCAUAUUUUUCUCCCCAGCAAGUUGAAAACCUGUUUUGCAGAAGAACAACAUGAAGAUGGUUUGAGGACUCGAUGAAGUUGGGGAUUAGUUUUUGUAAAUAAAUAGACUGACUAGUGACUAGUCUUUGUCCAGCAAAAUGAUAUUUACCCUGAUGAAGUGAGCUUUGGAAAGUGCAAGGGAAUUGCUGAGAUUUAUUUUUUA